GAGAUUGAGACAAAUCUGCGUUCCUUCACAUACAAAGAACUUGAAGAUGCCACAAAAGGAUUCAAGGAAGAACUGGGAAAGGGCUCUUUUGGAACUGUUUAUAAAGGAGAAUUGUCUAGGAAUUUUGUUGCUGUGAAGAAACUAGACAAAGUUGUUCAAGAAGGGGAAAAAGAGUUCAAGACAGAAUUGAAUGUGAUUGGACAAACUCAGCACCGGAAUUUGGUUAGAUUGCUUGGAUACUGUGAUGAGGCUGAGCACCGGCUCCUUGUGUAUGAGUUGAUGCAGAAUGGAUCUCUGGCGAGCUUCUUGUUCGGAGUUCUGAGGCCCAGUUGGCAACAAAGACUGCAGAUUGCAUCCGAAAUUGCAAGAGGACUAACAUAUCUGCAUGAAGAAUGCAGAACUCAGAUCAUUCACUGCGACAUAAAGCCUCAGAAUAUUCUCCUAGAUGACUCUUUUACAGCAAAAAUCUCCGAUUUUGGAUUGGCCAAACUUUUGAUUAACAGCAAGAGCCAUACCCUGACGGGCAUCAGAGGGACUAAAGGGUAUGUUGCGCCAGAGUGGUUCAGGAGCACUCCUAUCACGGUGAAGGUAGAUGUGUAUAGCUUUGGAGUAAUGUUGUUGGAGAUCCUCUGUUGCAGCAGAUGUGUCAGGUUUGAGUUGGAAGAAGCAGUGAUCCUGACAGAAUGGGCAUAUGAAUGCUACAGUGAAGCGAAUUUGGGGAAAUUGGUGGAAAAUGAUGAAGAAGCAAGAAAUGAUAUGGGGAGGGUGGAGAUGCUGGUGAAGGUGGCAAUGUGGUGUUUGCAAGAUGAGCCGUCACAAAGGCCUAAAAUGAGAACGGUUACGAUGAUGCUUGAAGGUGCUCUCUUGGUCCCUACUCCUCCAUGUCCUUUCCUAUAUAGUUUCAAGCCUUAAGAUUCAUCCAACAUAAACCCCGAGUUUCCAUGAAUGAAAGUUAGGACUCAUAUAUUAGUUUACCAUUUUCUAUGUUACAACACAUCUGAACGAAAAUGAAAAGAAAUAAAGGUAGUUCAUUUAUCAGUAUGUGUAGUGCAUGUGACUUCCAAAUAAAGAUAGACCUUCCUU